AUGGAAUGGAAACUUGUCGACUUCAAGUACAGAAGUAAUCUGAAAUACUACGACUGCUGCCCCAAUCCGUAUCCGGAUAUCUCGUAUUUUUUCGCCAUCAAGCGCAACCCGUCGUAUUACCUUUUUACGCUGAUCAUUCCUUCUGCUUUCAUCACAAUCGUUACCGUAAUCGGUUUCUUCACACCACAUUCGUCAACUGGUGAGAAUACUGAAAAGGUCAGUCUAGGAGUGACUGCUCUAUUGUCUCUGGCUAUAAUACGUGAGUCAAUGCUAUGA